UUAGCAUAACCGCUUAGGUCGGUGUAAGCGAGAGCAAAAUAAAACAAACUGCACUUGGAACGCAGUUGUCAUUUAAAAUCGAUCAAUACAACAGAAUUAUUGUGAAUUUGAUCCAAAUUGGAAGCAACUGAAAUUUAUAAAAAAUGUUAUUAAAAGGGAACCUCCUCGAAUCUUUAACAAUCGUUUCCUGCAGUGGCACAGUUAUCUGCAUAUUACUAAAUUGUCUAACAAAUAUAUCGCCGAUUACUGGAGUAUGGUUUUACAUUUAUUUAUUAACGAUAUUUUUAGUGUCUGUUUUCUUGAAUUUCAAGUUUAUACAGUGGUUGUUACGGUUGAAUAAGCCUCUAAAGUAUGACUUGGAGGGUUUGUUGGCGGAAUAUCCACACUUAUCGUUUUUGUCUCGUGUUCUGCCGGACACCAAACGCAGUAAGAAGGUUCCAUACAAGGAGUAUGACACGAACGAGUUGAGCGUGAUAUCCACGGUGUUGGAGAAGAGGCUGGUGUCUUCGUGGUAUAUAUCGUACAUAUCGGAGGAGAUUGGUUUUCCGUUUGCGUGCAAACAAAUGUUAGAUCAGAUGAUUGGCGGGACCUUUCAGAUAUGCAAUAAAAUAGAAACAAAAGACGUGUAUGUCGAUAUUUGUACAAUCCUAUCGUUACAUUUAAAAGAAUACCGGAAAGCCCUUAAACGUCAUGAAAAGCUGAAGAAACAGCCAAUCGAGUCAUGUUACAAUAAAGUGCACAUUACUGCAGACCCUACAAAGAAGAUCUCCACUGCUGACCACUGUACGAACAUUCUAAGAGUUAUAUUCAAAGAACUAGUACCAUGGGAGUUGUGGGACACUCCGCACUCUGAAUUAUUGAUUCGUAUUCUAGCAAAAAAAUUAGACAAUUUUAUUAGUAAUACACUAGUAGAUCCACUGUGGUUGAAUGAUAAGUUAAUGACUUUACUAAAAGGGGAGGAGGUACAGCCCGAAGAGGAGCCGCAGUCCGACUUCUGGGAGGAAGUAAAGCCAGAAGUCACAUGUAUUGAGACAGCAUUAUCUACAUUUAUAACUAAGAGUACUGCGCCGAUACUUCAGAGAGGUAUUAACGAGGAUGUUGUUGGGCCUAGUCCGGAGGUCAAGAAUCUGAACAUGGAGGCGGUUGAGGAGGUGGCUGUGGCCAGCGAGCCAGUAGAGAUCAAAUUGUCUCCAAUAUUGAGGCAACGAAGGGGUCGGCAGGGCAGGAAUGAAGUAAAGAUAUAUGACAGGAUUAUUGAAGGUAGUGUAAAGACCUGGGAGACUGACAUGGAUCUGCAGUGCAUCAGCCUGGGUCAGGAUUUGCUGGCGAGCCUGGACGGCGAGCUGACGCUUAGCAGGUUGUGGGGUCAGGACGGGAGCCCCAACCCCCCGAGGGCGGCGUCUCCGCAGCCGCUGUGGUUUGGUGAAGAAGACAACAUAGAGAUAGAGAUGGACACGAGCCCGCAGAAGGAGUCGAAGAAGGAGCACAGCCCGAAGCCAGCAGAUGCACUCCUCAAGGACAUCCAGACCACCGUCAGCCAGGCGAAGAACAAGAUCGGCGACCUGCAGGUCCGAUUAGAUGGACACAAGCCUGCUGACGAGGCAGCCGGAAUGAUGGAGGGGCUCCUGGACUUCGGGAUCGCCGGUCUGAAGAAAGGACUCCGGUUCACUGGGCUCAGUGACGACUCCCAGGAGAAGUCUCCCUCGCAUCGCACCAGCGAAAAGUCUGGCGAUAAGACUCCGCCCGAGCAGAGAAACAAGGCGCAGUCUGAAGCUAAGGAUAUUCCCGGUCCAGCGGUGCAAAGAGAAGAGAAUGGCAGUGGGGCGCCACCGCUACUGAAGCAGCAGAGAGUUGUCUCACAGGACAGUGUGCCCUGGCAGAGCCGCAGCAGCAGUCGCGCGGCGGCGCCCGCGCCGACACCCGCGCCCAGCGAGUCGCCCGAGCCGCAGUACGAGGAGGUGGCCGACCUGUCCACCAGCAUCGCGCGCCUGCGCACCCUGCUGCAGCAGCGAGCUCACACCAACAGCGCCAGAUGCGAGGAGGUGUGGUGGGAGGGAGCCGAGGAGACGCGCGGCCGGACGCAGCAUCACCACUCCAGCAGGCCCGUCGACACCGCCACACUUGCAGACGAGUAUGACAUGAACAUGGAGCGCAACUCCUCACCGGGCCAGAGCUCCAACAACAUGCAGAGACUUGACAAAUUAUUCCAACGCACGGUGACUGGUGUGUUCAAUUCGAUAAAGACGGCGGUGGGCGCGGAGGGCGAGGGCCGCGACGGGAGGGACGCGCGGGAGGGCAGGGAGGGACAGGGGAGGGACGACGCGCCGCAACACCCGCACGUGCAUGAUUGGGUGUAUGUGUGCACUUCGAUAGAGCACAGCGUGGGCGGGUCGGUGGCGCGUGCGCUGGGCUGCCGGCGCGCCUACUCGCACGUGGACGCCGCGCUCGACUCGCUGCGCCAGCUGCGCGCGCCGCCCGCCGCGCCGCCGCACACGCCCGACGACUUCGGUCGGUACCGACACCGGACACACUCUACACUAUACAGGUGGGCGGGUCGGUGGCGCGUGCGCUGGGCUGCCGGCGCGCCUACUCGCACGUGGACGCCGCGCUCGACUCGCUGCGCCAGCUGCGCGCGCCGCCCGCCGCGCCGCCGCACACGCCCGACGACUUCGGUCGGUACCGACACCGGACACACUCUACACUAUACAGGUGGGCGGGUCGGUGGCGCGUGCGCUGGGCUGCCGGCGCGCCUACUCGCACGUGGACGCCGCGCUCGACUCGCUGCGCCAGCUGCGCGCGCCGCCCGCCGCGCCGCCGCACACGCCCGACGACUUCGGUCGGUACCGACACCGGACACACUCUACACUAUACAGGUGGGCGGGUCGGUGGCGCGUGCGCUGGGCUGCCGGCGCGCCUACUCGCACGUGGACGCCGCGCUCGACUCGCUGCGCCAGCUGCGCGCGCCGCCCGCCGCGCCGCCGCACACGCCCGACGACUUCGGUCGGUACCGACACCGGACACACUCUACACUAUACAGGUGGGCGGGUCGGUGGCGCGUGCGCUGGGCUGCCGGCGCGCCUACUCGCACGUGGACGCCGCGCUCGACUCGCUGCGCCAGCUGCGCGCGCCGCCCGCCGCGCCGCCGCACACGCCCGACGACUUCGGUCGGUACCGACACCGGACACACUCUACACUAUACAGGUGGGCGGGUCGGUGGCGCGUGCGCUGGGCUGCCGGCGCGCCUACUCGCACGUGGACGCCGCGCUCGACUCGCUGCGCCAGCUGCGCGCGCCGCCCGCCGCGCCGCCGCACACGCCCGACGACUUCGGUCGGUACCGACACCGGACACACUCUACACUAUACAGGUGGGCGGGUCGGUGGCGCGUGCGCUGGGCUGCCGGCGCGCCUACUCGCACGUGGACGCCGCGCUCGACUCGCUGCGCCAGCUGCGCGCGCCGCCCGCCGCGCCGCCGCACACGCCCGACGACUUCGGUCGGUACCGACACCGGACACACUCUACACUAUACAGGUGGGCGGGUCGGUGGCGCGUGCGCUGGGCUGCCGGCGCGCCUACUCGCACGUGGACGCCGCGCUCGACUCGCUGCGCCAGCUGCGCGCGCCGCCCGCCGCGCCGCCGCACACGCCCGACGACUUCGGUCGGUACCGACACCGGACACACUCUACACUAUACAGGUGGGCGGGUCGGUGGCGCGUGCGCUGGGCUGCCGGCGCGCCUACUCGCACGUGGACGCCGCGCUCGACUCGCUGCGCCAGCUGCGCGCGCCGCCCGCCGCGCCGCCGCACACGCCCGACGACUUCGGUCGGUACCGACACCGGACACACUCUACACUAUACAGGUGGGCGGGUCGGUGGCGCGUGCGCUGGGCUGCCGGCGCGCCUACUCGCACGUGGACGCCGCGCUCGACUCGCUGCGCCAGCUGCGCGCGCCGCCCGCCGCGCCGCCGCACACGCCCGACGACUUCGACGAGUGGUGCAGCGUGUCGGGUCCUCGCUGGUGUGCCCUGUGGGCGUUGCUGAGCGCGGCGGAGCUCGGACACUCGCACGUCACACACCGGAUCGCCACGCUGCUGUUCGCAGAUCUAGCAGAGUCGCUCAUAAGCAUGUGGUUGGAUGACUUCACGGCGUGGCUUAGAAAGCAGGUGUUUGUGGUGUUCGAGCAGAUGUCUAACCAGGAGACUACAUACGCGAAGCCGAAGCCGCUGCGGAAGAUGGACCUGGACGAGACCUGCAAGGCGCUCAUGGAAAGGGCUACAGUACUGCACGUAUUCGGCGAGGAGGCUCUCUCGAACUCUGUGAAGCUCGUGGUGUCCAGCUUCAGCCACCAGCAGCUCAACCAGGACGUGGCGUUGCGGCUGCUCGACUUGCUCGCUCAUCACUUCAAAGACUCCGCCGCGCUGCGUAACCCCUCUUUUGAUACCAAUUGAGUCUGGAUACCACCAGAAUUUUGAUACCAACUGAGUCUUUAGACGCCACUUGAGUAUAUGAUACCAACUGAUUCUUUAGAUACCACCUGAGUAUUUGAUACCAACUGAGUCUUUAGAUGCCCCUUGAGUAUUUGAUACCAACUCAAUUUUAAGAUGCCACCGGAGUAUUUGAUACCAACUGAGUCUUUAGAUGCCACUUGAGUAUAUGAUACCAACUGAUUCUUUAGAUACCACCUGAGUAUUUGAUACCAACUGAGUCUUUAGAUGCCCCUUGAGUAUUUGAUACCAACUCAAUUUUAAGAUGCCACUGGAGUAUUUGAUACCAACUGAGUCUUUAGAUGUCACUUGAGUAUAUGAUACCAAUUGAUUCUUUAGAUACCACCGGAGUAUUUGAUACCAACUGAGUCUUUAGAUGCCCCUUGAGUAUUUGAAACCAACUCAAUUUUAAGAUGCCACCGGAGUAUUUGAUACCAACUGAGCCUAAAUUGGCUUGUUUGCUGAGUGUUACAACUAAAAAAUCAUGUAUAACGGACACUUAGUAUUUUUAAUGCCAAUAGACUACAGUAUAUAAUAAUAGAUUAGACGUAAAUUAUGAUGAUACAUGGUUGAGACUCACUAAAUAUUAAUGAGUUCGUAAAUUAAUGCCAAUUGAGUUUUAAAUAAUAUUAGGAGUAUUUCUGAUGCUGUUUAACAGCAUUCGUUUCUGACUUUAUUCAUAUUUUGGACCCAUUUAACUGAAAUUGUUAAAUAUUACGUUUUGCACUUCACGGAUAAGUAUAACCUAUCAUCUUUAAUGUCUCAAUAUAAUAAGUUUGCAGAAACGGGUACAUGACUUAAUUAUAAAUUUGAUAAAGAUCUACUUUUUAGAAUCUUCUUACUAUUGUUUUGUAUUGUUAUUGUUUAUAUAAAAUAUUUUUUAUGUAAUAAUUUACGUCAAUUUGCUAUUGAACUUCUGAACUACUUAUGACUGUGGUAUUAAAUUGUUUCAUAGGGGUCUCCUAUGCACAGAUAAUACAGUAGCUUAUCAAGAUUAGGGAAAGAAGUGUGAAAGAGAUAGAGCAAACUUGCGGCCAGUAGUUUUAAUCUAGUGUCUUUAUUAAUACUAACACAUAAGUGGUGGUUAGUGGUUACCUUUUUUGCACCACCUCCCCCCUCUUAAUAUGUGACGUUAUUUAUGGAUGGCCCCUCUCUUUUUACAAGGUUUUUGAUACGCUCAAUCUAUUAUCUAUGGCUGUUCGCCAGAGCUAUGCUAAAUAAUGAAAUUUUUUAAUCCCACCGAUUUAAGACCCGCUGGCUGGGCGUUAUGUGACUUAUAUUAAUUAAAUGUUGAGAAGAAACAUUGGAGAUAUACAAGUUGUUGAUUUGCAUUUCCGUCAUUUUUACGGAAGUUGGAACUCCACUUAUAGAACACAAAUCAAUGAAAAAAUAAGUACCGAAACUAUACUAUAAGUACCGAACACUUUUAAACAAUAAUUAUUGUUCUAUUCUGACAUGUACGUGGGGGUUAAUUCUAAAUCAUCGUAAAAUAAUUUAAUCUAAUAUACGGAGUCUAGUUUGAGGUAGAACUUACAUUGUAUUAUUAGAUUAUUUUGUGCAACCAUUACAAUAGACUCUUCAAGUAUGACGGGGAUGCAAAGCAACACCUUGUAUAAAUAAAUGGAUAUAUUAAAUAGUUUUAGCAGUUUUAGGAUUUUGUGGUAGAUGGGAUUUAACAGGAUAUAUUUUGUUAUAUUUUACCAAAGACAAUUGUUCUAUAAUAUAUGCUUUAAUAUUUAUUUUUGUGUUAUACUUAGGUAGCGGCUAUUGUUAUAAAGAACUAUUAAAUAUUUAUUGAUG